CUGACUAGAUACGCAAAACAAUUUUUAAACGUAGAUUUGGGUUACUAUAAAAUGGCUCUAAGAAUCGUAGCUAAAAAUUUCGUCAACCUGAGAGGAUUAGGUAAAUUUAUAAAUAUUCAGCGUGGUCUAGCUACUACUGCCAAUCAACGUAAGUAAUUUACAGGUCAAGAAUUUAUAUGUUCGAGCCCCCCGCGAAACUUGCAUAACCCACCUAGCGACACACAAAUUGCCAAAUCUUAUCUACUCUCGCGAUGAUGAACAGUAUUCAAGCGCAACAACUUCACCUCAUGAUAAGAUAGUGUCCACUGGAAGACGCUGGCUUUAACUGGGAAGACCCAUUAAAUGUAGAAUCCCAGCUGCAAGAAGACGAAAUUGCCAUCAGGAACUCUUUCAGGGUGUACUGCGAAGAUACGCUUCUAUCACGGGUGAUUCAGGCUAACCGAGAUGAAGUCUUUCACAAAGAGAUUAUGAGAGAACUUGGAUCAUUUGGUGUACUCGGUUGUACAAUCAAAGGAUAUGACUGUGCCGGAGUUAAUAAUGUGGCCUAUGGUCUAUUAACUCGCGAGGUGGAACGCAUCGAUUCCGGGUAUCGGUCGGCGUUCAGCGUACAGAGUUCACUAUGCAUGGGUGCCAUUUACGACUACGGCAGUGAGGCGCAGAAACAAAAAUAUUUACCCAAAAUGGCCAAAGGGGAAUUGAUCGGGUGUUUUGGUCUAACGGAACCCAAUCACGGUAGUGAUAUAUCCGCGAUGGAAACUAAGGCCGUACAUGAUCCGAAAACGAAAACAUACGUAUUAUCCGGUAGUAAAACGUGGAUCACAAACUCACCCAUUGCGGAUAUCCUUAUCGUUUGGUGCAAAACCGAAGACGGCAAAGUUCGGGGAUUUAUCGUCGAUCGUUCGGAAAGCUCAGCCGGGCUAACCACGCCUAAGAUUCAGGGUAAAUUUUCACUCAGAGCUUCCGCAACCGGAAUGAUCCUGAUGGAUGAGGUUAGGAUCCCGGAGGAAAACAUCUUGCCGAAUGUGUCCGGUAUGCGUGGGCCAUUUGGUUGCUUGAACAACGCUCGCUACGGAAUCGCUUGGGGAGCGCUUGGUGCUGCGGAAUCGUGCCUGAAAGUAGCCAGAUCUUACACACUAGACAGAAAACAAUUCAAGCGACCGCUUGCUGCCAAUCAGCUAAUGCAGAAAAAAAUGGCGGAUAUGUUAACGGAGAUUUCCUUGGGACUAGUUUCGUGUCUCUAUGUGGGUCGUCUGAAAGAUCAAAAGUUGCACACUUCCGAAAUGAUAUCGAUGCUUAAACGCAACAACGCCGGUAAAGCACUGGAAAUAGCGCGGGUAGCCAGAGAUAUGCUGGGAGGAAAUGGUAUAUCCGAUGAGUACCACAUUAUUAGACACGUUAUGAAUCUGGAAGCGGUCAAUACGUAUGAAGGAACGCACGAUAUUCACGCACUGAUCCUGGGUCGAGCUAUUACUGGCAUCCAAGCAUUUUCGUAAAACAUGAAGUUACAGGAACACGUAACAAAAUGCAUUUAUGAAUUAAACGGAAACUUGCUUUAAAUAUCAGACAUUUUACUGAUAAAUACUGAGUAACAAUGGUUUCAAUGAAAAUUGUGACCCUAGGUGUAACGAGUAUGAAAAACAAAAAAAAUAAAGAUUAUGCGAUUU